GGCAUCACGCAUGCGUUUGUCGAGGAAUUUAAGAGCGUCGAGGAUAGAGAUUACUACGUCAAUAAUGAUCCGGCCCAUAGCAAAUUCAAGGAGACGCUUGGGCAGGUUUUUGAAAAGGCGCAAGUCAUUGGUUUUACUGACAGGACAUUUACUUAA